CUUGCCUAAAAACAGAACAGAACCAUGGAGAAAAAUCAAGAAAAAAUGCAAUAUCUUGGGCUCUUUGGCAUUUACAAAGAAUCAUACAUGGUCAUGCUUUCAUGGUGGAAGAUCUUUAGCACGAUCACCUUAAUUUUCAUCCUCCCUCUCCACCUCAUCGUCCUCUUUCAGAUAGAAGUAUCGCAAGUCAUCUUGGGGGACGUUUUAAACUACUCCAAAACCCUGGUUUUAACACCCCAACAAAAAAAUCCCAUUGAAACAAUCUCCUUAGAAUUGCUCUUUGUCAUUCUCAUCAAGCUCGUUAACUUCGAUUUCAUCGUCCUUUUCCCCCUCCUCUCCAUCUCCGUGGUGGUUUACACCGUCGCUUCCAUCUACACCGGCCGAGAGGUGACCUUCAAAAAGGUCACCAGCGUCGUGCCAAAGGUUUUCAAGAGGCUUAUGAUCACCUUGUUGUGCACCUUCGCGGCGUUUUUUAUUUACAACAUCGUGGUAGGGAUAGUUUUUAUAGUCAUGUGGGCAAUUACAAUUAGAAUUAGAGAAAAAUAUUUUGGGAUUGCAACUUUUGCAGUCACAGGGAUUUUAUAUAUCGUUGGGGUUCUGUACUUGACCAUAGUUUGGCAACUAGCUAAUGUUGUGAGUGUGUUAGAAGACUCCUGUGGACUCAUAGCAAUGAAGAAGAGCAAUGAGUUGAUAAAGGGGAAGAAGGGUUUGUCCAUGAUGGCCACUUUUAUGUUUACUGUUUCCUUCUCUUUGGUACAGAUGCUCUCCAUGGUGUUUGUGAACGGUUGGAAGUUGUUUCAGCUGGCCUUUGUGUGGAGAAUAGCUUCUGGUGUUCUUUGUGUCUUGGUGUUGUCUCAUUUGAUCCUUUUGAUGCUUGUUAUUCAAACUGUGCUCUAUUAUGUUUGCAAGUCCUACCAUCAUGAGAUUAUUGACAUGUCUACCUUACCAGAACACUUGGAAGUGGAUUGUGCCAACCCAUACUCACAUGCAUGUCUACUACAAAGUGUCUAGCUUCGAUCAUCUUCCAAUCUUAGGCUUUUGUGCCAACCCAUACUCGCAAGUCUACUACAAUCUUAAGCUUCUGUGUAUUUCUUGAAGGUGCUUUGAUCUCGUGGAACGGUGGAAGUCUAAGAAACAACAAACAAUGACCCAGUUUUAAGGGAAGGCUGAAUAUAGGGCAUUAGAAUGUGCUUCUUCAGAGUUUCUAUGGCUUAAGCAUUUGUUUCGGGUCCUUAAAAUACCAAUUGAUUCAGUGCUAAAUUCUGAUAAUCUUUCAGCUAUUGCACUUGCAACAAAUAUAUCUUCUCAAAAUCGCUCUAGAUUUGUUGACAUCGAUGUGUUCAUGUUAUCAGAGAACAUGUUACUUCUGGAUUUUUGAAAUUAAAUCAUGUUCCUUCCCACUAUCACCUGGCUGAUUGUCUCACCUACAAUGCCACUUCCUGCUCCUCGAUCUAAAGAUCAUAUGUUCAAGUUGGGGCUCUCUAGCGUGUGGUGGAUGUAAAGUGUAAACGUUGCUACUAUGCUGCAUUAACUAUGAGACAUAGCUAACACGCUGCUAAUGGGCAGCUAACUUUCUGGCAACUAUUUUAAAAUUAGGAGACCUAUCUCAACCCAAAAGCUAGCUAGCUCAAGAGUUGAUGGUUGCUUUACUCUUUAUAAACACUUAUUGACCAUAUCUCUAGCUAAUGUGAGACUCUAACACACACCCUCACACUCAGGGUUGAACAUCUGGAGCGUGUAAUAAACAUCAACUGGUGGCCCUAAUAUGUGAAGUCUCCACAACAAAUAAUGUAGGAGAGAAACUCUCAUACCAUAUUAGAAAUUGUGAGACCUAUAUUCAACCACAAAAGCUAGCUCAAGAGUUGAAGAUUAUUCUACCCUUCAUAAGCAGUUGUUUGGUCAUAUCUAUAGUCAAUAUAUCUACUAACUUAAAAAGCAAUUUGGUCAUAUCUAUAGUCAAUAUAUCUACUAACUUAAAAAGCAAGGUGCAAUUUCACUGUUCAUAGUGCACCAUUUUUUUUUUUCCAGUUGUUAGAUAGUUGGGCCUAUUUCUUAUUUGGGCUUCUUUGGUUGAAUGAUAGGUUUCUUCUUCCAUAGAGUUAGCAGAACUCAAUCUCUCCCUUUCUCCCGUGUACGCUCCGCGAUUUCCGGCUGCCACCGCCGUCGAAUCUGCAAAUCCGUCCAUUCACAUCUCUUGGCACUGGAUUUCCGCAUAAAGUUGCAUGCUAUAACCCUCGAAAUUUCAUCUACCACUCAGUCCUUUCCUUUGCAUUCCAGGAUAAAGCCAUAAAGGUGCACCUACAACUACAAGCUUCAACAUAGCCAUCAAUCUGGUUUUUGUGCUCUAGGAUCUAUACUCUAAAUCUAUAAGCCAGCUAUUAAUUUUGCUUUCCAGUCUGUUUGAGCUACUUCCUAUCUCAGAAAUCCAGCUACUCAAGGUGCUUUCCAGGUUGUUUAAUUUGAUAGCUUCAAAAUCUUGCUGGAUUCCACCUUAGUUGAAGGUAGAGGCUUAUAAAUAUACCUUUGUUGGUCACGAAACGAAAGAGUAAUGCGUUGUUAAAUAGUCAUGAGACACGAUGGGUUCUGCUCCGUCAUGGCCUGGGGCGUUUCAGCGGCGCAAACAAGGAGGAGCAAACGGCGGCCAUCGCGAUUUAAGAGAGCGGCGCAACAGGACUGGUGCUGCUGACUUCGGGGAAACGACAGCAGCGACACCAAAGCCAGCGGGAGCAGCGUUCGACUUCGACACUCUUCCUCCUCAACUAUUCCGGUGACACCCCCUCCUCAGCCAUUGAGCAAUCGGCGAGAGUCAACCUCUCUUGUCUUCUCCAGCCCUCGGAGGAAGAGAUUCAGACAAAAUGGGCAACAUAGUAAAUCUAGAUGAUAGUGUUUUCGAUGUGGAUGGAUGAUAACACAUCUAUUGAUCAGCUCUCUAGAUAUUUGAAUCUCAACGUUGAUGUAGGGAGUUGGAACCAAGUUUUCCCCUCAAGUUUAUUGAAAGUCUGUCCCGAUGUGUGUGGAUUCAAAUAGACAGAGCAUAGAGAUGUAGUCAUGCAUAUGUAGUUUGCAAUUCAAGGUUAUGGAGAAGGGCCUUAUUUUCAUUUAAGGUUUUGAACCAACAUUGGACACAAAGUUGUUGUGCUGUAAUACCUUAUAGACCUGUCUCAAUCUACCACUCACAGUGUAUGCUGCUAUGGAGCAGUUUGUUUAGGGGUUAUCACUGCCGAUUGGUUCUCUCUCUCCAUGUUGGCUCAUGAGAGAAGUCUCGAAAG